AUGUCUGGGCGCGGGAAGCAGGGUGGCAAGGCGCGUGCGAAGGCGAAGUCUCGCUCGUCCAGAUCGGGCUUGCAGUUUCCAGUUGGCCGAAUACAUCGUCUUCUACGUAAAGGCCAUUAUGCAGAACGUAUUGGGGCUGGUGCGCCUGUGUAUCUGGCAGCGGUGUUGGAGUACCUUACGGCUGAAAUUUUGGAGUUAGCAGGCAAUGCAUCCCGUGACAACAAGAAGACGCGCAUCAUCCCGCGCCACUUGCAGUUAGCUAUCCGUAAUGAUGAGGAGCUCAACAAGCUGUUAGGCGGUGUGACUAUAGCUCAGGGUGGCGUCUUGCCCAAUAUCCACGCAGUGUUGUUGCCCAAGAAGACCGAGAGCCACCAUCACAAAGUGCAAAGCAAGUAA